AUGUCUUCUUCAACAGUUUCCUCAAUAAAUUAUAUUUCCAGUAGAAUCUACGUGUAUGUUGGUUUACCAAUUAUCAUUAUUGGAGUUUUAGGUGGUAUAUUGAAUAUAGUCGUUUUUCUUAGUCUUCGAAUCUUUCGACAAAAUUCUUGUGGAAUUUAUUUAAUAACCAUGUCUUUCAUCAACAUCAUUCAGUUGUUAGCUGGUUUUCUCUAUCUGAUUUUCGUUCGAGGACCAUUAAUCGAUGGAAUCGUUAUCAAUGUAGGUAAUUGCACAAUCCGACUAUAUCUCGUUCAAAUCGGUGCACUUAUUUCCAUGUCAUGCAUUUGUAUGGCGUUACUUGAUCAAUAUAUGGCAACAUCAAAAUAUAAACGAUUACAAGACUGGAGUCAUCGCAAGAUUGCUUAUCGUUUAUGUAUUCUUGUUAGUCUCUUUUGGAUAGUUUUUUGUAUUCCUCAUUUGAUAUAUUAUAAUGCCGUGGUUUCAUCAGUAACAAAUGUAGCUGUUUGUGUGAUUACAAAUAGCAUUUUUCAAAGUUAUGUUAAUCGCUUUUAUACACCGGUUUUGUUGAAUACAUUUCCUCUUUUGUUUAUCAUUACUUUCGGCUUAAUGGUUUAUAGUAAUAUGAAACAAAUGUCUUACCGAACAGUACCUCUUGUUCGUCGUCAACAUGAAAUUCAAAUAACAUCAAUGAUUCUUACACAAGCGUUGAUCAGUGUUGUAUUAAUCUCGCCUUUCUUUAUCUUAACUACAUUGACAAGUAAUAUACAAUUCACCAGUGAUCCUGUCAUUAAUGCUAAAAUACAAUUAGUCUCAAGUAUAACCAUAUGUCUUUAUUAUUCAUACUACAUGGUUCCUUUCUAUAUUUACAUUUGUAUAUCGAAGAGAUAUCGACAACAGUUUCUUUUUGUGCUUUAUAAGAUUUAUUUCCAACGAUGUUAUGGAACAAUCGUUGAUAUUAAUCAAGUCGCACCUGAAUCUCAAUAG